CCUCAACAUCUGGAAGUUAGCAUGUAGCACAGCUGUCCAGUUCAUCAUGUGAGUAUAAAAGAGGGCCGGGCGGAGCUGUGAGGCCGCAGAGGACGGAGGCUCAACUGAGAGGAGACGACAACCGACCGACCAGCAACAAAGUAGAGAAGACGUUUGUUACAGUCCGAGGAGAUGGAGGUCACAAAGAGCGCCAGGAAAGACGACCAGGGAGAAGUCGGAAGCGACCUAUCGGAGCGGAUUAAAGCCGCCACCAAAGAUAACCACGUCCGAGCUGAAAACACACAGCUGAUGCUGAGUUACCAGAAGGGACAGAUCACGCUGCCACAGUACAAGGUGCUGCUGUGCUCGCUCUACGAGAUCUACAAGGCGCUGGAGGAGGAGCUGGACAGAAACUCCUCCCAUCCCGCCGUCGCACCGAUUUACUUCCCUCAGGAGCUCGCUCGCCUGGAGUCGCUCGAGAGCGAUCUGGAGUUUUUCUUCGGCGCCGCGUGGAGGAAGAAGGUGAUCGUUCCCGCCGCCACGCACCGAUACGAACAGAGGCUACGCCAGAUCGGCAGAGAGAAACCGGAGCUGUUGGUGGCGCACGCUUACACCCGCUACCUCGGGGAUCUCUCAGGAGGUCAGGUGCUGGGGAAGAUUACCCAGAAGUCUCUGGGGCUGAGCGGCAGAGACGGGCUGUCCUUCUUCUCCUUCCCCGGCGUGAGCAGCCCGAACCGCUUCAAGCAGCUUUACAGGAGCCGGAUGAACAGCGUCGAGCUGACGGAGGACGAGACGGCGGCGGUGCUGGAGGAGGCGGUCGCCGCCUUCGAGCUCAACAUCCAGGUUUUUGACGACCUGCAGAAAAUGCUGAGUGUCGCCGCGGAGACGUCCGACCAAUCAGAGGGCGGCGGCGUUAAAACUUCUCUGUUCCCGUCUUCACCCAUCAUGCAGUUCACCGUGGGAGUGUGCGUUGCCUUGACAACAAUCGGAGUGGGACUGUACUCCUUUUAGACUCCAGUUUCAACAUGAGC